GGAAGCGGUCGUCACUGACUUUUCCCUUGUAGGCGCAUUUCCUCUAAAGCCUUAAACUCAGCCCAUCUGAAUCUGUCCGUCCCGUCAAACUAUUACAUUUAAUAUGGACGCUUUGUUUUUUACGGCGAUAUCGGCGUUUCUGCGAUUUUCCGCAACAGACGGCUUCCUCGUUGCCCACACGCACAAGCACCUUUGUCUCGUGACAAGAAAUGCGGCGGUCGUACUGGGCAAAUGCAAUCCGACGGACCCGGAGCAGCAGUGGAGCUGGACGGGGAGCAUGAAGCUCUUUCACCAGCAUUCGUCCCGAUGCCUGUGGGCAGAGAGCAGCCUCGCUGUGCCUCGGCACUCCCGCCUGGCCGCCCUGACCGACUGUGCCAUCUCGCCGGCCUGGCGAUGCCAUGACACAAAGGGCACCCUGGGGCUGGCCAGCUCUGCCAUGUACCUGACUAAGCAAGGCUUUAGAGCGGUGCUCAGCGAAGAGCCCAGAUAUUCCAAAUGGAGCAGGUACAAAGUCUAUGGUGGGGGGAGGAUGCUGGAGACAUCUCUAUGCCCGGCCAAAGUGCACACAACAACUGCAGCGAUUUCCUCCUUUUCCACCACCAUAUUCAGCUCUAAUCCAUCAGAUACCAACACUGGGCCUGUCUCCUCUAGAGCAACACGUCCAGCCCUAUCAACAAGCCACACACCUUCGAGAAGCACAAGGACCAAUACAGUGGCAGAGCGCCAUGCUAGCUCCGCCUCCAGUACCAGAGCUCUCUACACUGGUGCUGCCACCCGGAUUCGGGUCCGAAGGACCAGCAGCGUGGGGCUCCUGACCAGCAAUUCCACACCCCCGGUUACCAGGACCAGUAGCGUCAGCCAUAGAGCCCGUACAUAUGGUCCAGUGCCAGCCACCCAGCACUCUGAAAGAAAGAGCCGCACACCAUCCGUUGCAGGCACUAGCGCACUGGCAAAGUGGACGAUUUCUGAGGAUUUCCCUUCAAUCACUGACAUUCCACUUGGGACGGCUAAAACUCUCCGAGAGUCACGUAUGACUCGCACCUCGACUGAUGCGUUCCCAUCUAAGAGCCCCAAGACCUUCAGAAAUACUCCAGUUUCAAGUGCAACCACUGAGAAUCUCAUCAUCAGUGCUACAACAGGUGAAGUAGAUAGGCCAGCAUUUUCCCGAUGGUCUGCUGCGGCUAGAAGUGUGACAUCUGCUCUUCUCAAAGUGUCUGCAGCUGAUGGAGCUCCUUCCAUUUUCUUUGUACCACCUGCUAUGAUUACUGGAACACUCACCAUAACCACAGCACCUCCCAGUACAUCUUCAGCUCCAGUGACCAUUUCCUCUGCUGCAAAGACUGUUGGUCCUAUUACCUCUGCAGCUCCUACCAUGGCACGGGCUCAAACCAUUAUGUUCAAUAGAACUGAUGCGGUGCUUGACCUUACUGUAAAUCCCACUGUGACUGAUACAGCGUCUACUGUGAGCAUAGGAACUCCAGCUCCCAAUAUGCCCACUGUUUCUACAGUUCCCUCUAUGACCACCACAGAACCCACCGAUACUGUAGUUCCCUCUAUGACCACCACAGAACCCACCGAUACUGUAGUUCCCUCUAUGACCACCACAGAACCCACCAAUACUGUAGUUCCCUCUAUGACAUCCACAGAACCCACCGAUACUAUAGUUCCCUCUAUGACAUCCACAGAACCCACCGAUACUGUAGUUCCCUCUAUGACCACCACAGAACCCACCGAUAUUAUAGUUCCCUCUAUGACAUCCACAGAACCCACCGAUACUAUAGUUCCCUCUAUGACAUCCACAGAACCCACCGAUACUGUAGUUCCCUCUAUGACAUCCACAGAACCUACAAAUACUGCAGUUCCCUCUAUGACCACCACAGAACCUAUCAAUACUGUAGUUCCCUCUAUGACAUCCACAGAACCUACCAAUACUGUAGUUCCCUCUAUGACAUCCACAGAACCUACCAAUACUGUAGUUCCCUCUAUGACCACCACAGAACCUAUCAAUACUGUAGUUCCCUUUAUGACAUCCACAGAACCCACCAUUACUGGAGAUUCCACUAUGGUCACCACAGAACCCAUUAUUACUACUGACCCCACUAUGACCACUGCAGAUCCCACCAUUACUGUAUUGUCAACCAGCACCGCCUCAAAACCCACCAUUACUGCUGACCCCACCAUGACCACCACAGAACCCACCAUUACUGUGGUCCCCACAAUGACCACCGCUGAAUCCACCAUCAUUUUAGAUCCCACUAAGACCACCACAGAACCAACCAUUACUGUAGACCCCAAUAUAACUACGUCUAUAAACAGAAUGGGUACCUUAGCCUUCAGUAAAAGUACUGAAGCUAACAUCAUGACCACAGUGACCUCCUUUGACCCUUCCACUAAAACUGCUGCUGUGUCACCCAUCACUAGUGAGGUCACUCCCCACUCAAGAGCUGGGACCUCAGAGGAAUCCUCUUCAGUUACCAUUGUCAUAUCUACUUUUACUGUUCCAGCUCCCAACUCAAGUAUCACAGAGGCCACCAUGACUAAUGCACCUCCUUUCUCAACUACAGCUAUGCUUCCUUCAAGCACCAUUAUAUCAUCUACCAUUAAUAGGGUACCACCCACUAAAGCUACUAUAGCAUCUCCAGUUACUUCAGAAGUUCCCACUACAACCUCUGCAACAUCUCCUGUUACCACAGCAACCCCCACUACAGCCUCUACUACAUCUCCUGUUACCACAGCAACCCGCACUACAGCCUCUACAACAUCUCCCGUUACCACAGCAACCCGCACUACAGCCUCUACAACAUCUCCUGUUACCACAGCAACCCUCACUACAGCCUCUACAACAUCUCCCAUUAUCACAGAAGCUCCUACCCAUAGCACUUCAGCAUCUCGAACUACUACUGUAGCUCCUUCUACUCUGGAGCUGACACAGACUCCAACUUCCACCACAACCAUCAAAACUAAAGAGUGUGAGACCACAGAAACUAUGAAGUGUCUUGUGAACAUGACGGAGUCCCACGCCAGUAAGGAGUCGGCUUUGUUAACAUGGAUUACUCCUGGAGAAAUGUGCAAUUUCAGUGUCGUUGCUGCGGACGGCAUCCUUGUAAGCGUGGAUUGUGUCCGGGAAGAAGGACACGGCAAUGCGCACAGCUGCGAAGUCAGGAAUUUACAGCCUGGAACCGAAUAUCACCUCGAAAUAAUACCGAAGACCGACGGAGAGCGAGUCAGCGUGUCACUGCGGACCGAUCCACAGGAACCAGCCAGUUUGGAUGUCCAACUUGACCAAAACCGGACCUCAGGGCUGCAGGUGUCGUGGCCACACUCCCCAGGAAAGGUGGACUGGUAUGAGCUCACGCUGAUGGACACAGAGACGGGGCAGACCCAGAGUACCCUCAUCGGAGGCUCCGCCGAACCUCAGUCCGGCUUCUCCGCCCUCACCCCCGGUACCCGCUACGCCCUCACCCUGGUGGCCAAAGCUGGCAACAAGACCUCUGCAGCCGUGCAGACCACCGCAGCCACAGCUCCGUCUGCAGUCAGCGGCCUUCAGCUCACUCCGUUCUUCAACGCCCUGGGCGUUUCCUGGAAGCCGGGCCCGGGGAGAGUUGAGCGUUUUCAGCUGCUGUUGAUGGACCAUGACCGUGACAGCCUGCUCCAGAAUGUGACAUUGGAUGGCAACGCCACCUCCUACACCCUGAGCGGCCUGGUCCCUGGACAUCAUUACGACGUCACCUUGGUCUCAAAGUCAGCAGGGCAGGAGAGUGCCAGCUUCGCACAGGUUCAGACAACUUGGGCCAUGGUGACCGGACUCACCCUGGAGAAUGACGGCAGCCAGAGCAGCCUCACGGCCAGGUGGAAGCCGGCCCCAGGAGACGUGGAAGCCUACCUGGUCCAGCUGACUGGCCCGGGCGCCCCCCCGCAGCCGAGGAAAAUUCCCCCCAGCUUGUCUAGUGUGGUUUUCAGUGAUCUGAUCCCUGGAGCCGCGUACCGAGUCUCUCUCAGCACGGUGAGCGUGAAGCAGUCUCCACAGACCAUUGCCACUGGGAGGACAGCUCCAGACAAGGUAACACAGCUGGUGCUGAAGGACAUGGGUGACCGCAGAGGUCUGAAAAUGACGUGGGCGCCCCCUAGAGGAGAGUGGGAUCAGUACCGCAUCCUGCUCUUCAGCGGCUCGGCGGUGCAGGCGAAUGUCAGCGCAGGGAAGAACACGCGGGAGUACAGCUUCUCUGACCUCCGCCCGGUCCCUGGGAGGCUGUACAAGGCCGCGGUCACCGUGGAGAGCGGACAGCAGAGCAGCACCGAGUCCUGCCAAAAGAGAAUAGUCCCCGCAGAGGUCACACGUCUGUCCAUAGACAACGAGGGAAGUGCAGACAGCCUGCGGGCCAGCUGGGAUCGUGCCACCGGUGACGUCGAUUCGUACCGCGUGCUGCUCAUCCAUGACACCGCUGUCAUCAAAAACGAGACCGUGGCCGCUGACAUCACCUCCUACCACUUCCCCUCCCUGCGGCCUGGCACCCUCUACAGGGUGGCUGUGACAGCUCUAAGUGGGGGGCUCCCCUCUGGAGAGGUGGUGGCUGAGGACCGCACAGUGCCGGCGGCCGUCGGGGAGGUAGCCGUCAGCAACAACGGACGGCCCGACUUCCUCAGUGUGUCGUGGCGGCCCGGUCCUGGUGACGUGGAUGGCUACCAGGUCACACUGCAGGAUCAGAAGAUCACCCAGAGUCUGAAGGUGUCCCGGUCCAGCUCGGAGUGCACCUUCAGCCACCUGAUACCCGGGCGGCUCUACAACAUCUCCAUCACCUCCCGGAGUGGGGGCUAUGAGAACCACACGGUGGUGCAGGAACGCACACGACCCUCUAGUGUGCAGACUCCCAGGGCGAUCCACUCAGCCCGUAACGACUACUUGAAGGUUUAUUGGAUACCUGCUACUGGAGACUUUGAUUUCUACCAGGUGGCCAUCAAGCACAACAACGUUGUCCUGCAGAACCAGACGGUGGCCAGGUCCCAGAGCGAGUGCGUGUUCCACUCGCUGGUGCCGGGCCGCCUGUACACCGUCCACAUCAGCACCUGGAGUGGGAAGUACGAGUCCAUCGUGUCCACAGACGGCCGGACAUUCCCGGCGGCUGUGACCUCCCUCACCCUGGCUGAUCGAGGCACGGAGGACCUGCUGGUGACUUGGGAGGCCGCCCCCGGAGAUGUGGACCACUAUGAGGUGCAGCUGUUCUACAACGACAUGAGAGUGCUCCCGCCCACCACGCUGAGCAGCACGGCCCGCGAGUACCGGCCCGUCUCCCUCACCCCCGGGCGCCUCUACAAGGUCGUGGUGUCCACCUUCAGCGGGUCCAACCAGAAGGGCGAAUUCAUCAAGUGUAGGACGGUGCCGAGCAAGGUGAAGAACAUCCACGUCAGCAACGAGGGAGAAUCCAGCCUCCUGAAGGCCAGCUGGACACCAGGGCAGGGUGACGUGGACAGCUACUCUGUGUCCCUGUCCCGAGGAGAGCAUCAGCUAGAGACCCGGCCUGUCGCAAAGAACAUCAACGAGAUGAGCUUUCAGAAGCUCACGCCAGGCCAGGAGUACACCAUCACGAUCCAGUCCAUCAGCGGGAACCUGGUCAAUAACAGCACAGCCAGCGGGCGCACUGUGCCUUCCACAGUGGAAGGCCUGCAGGUGGACAACCAGCAGAGCACCCACCAGCUACUGGCCUCCUGGCAGGCCGCCCCAGGCAUUGCCGACGGUUACAGCCUGCGACUGCUGGACGACAGGGGGGCCCUGCUCUCCAGCAUCUCCCAGCCCUCCAACUCCACCCAGCACCUCUUUGACCAGCUCAUCCCGGGGAAGAUGUACUGCGUCCAGAUACGGACUCUGAGCGGGGGAAUACCCAGCAAGGACGCCACCGCUAAGACCCAGACACGCCCCGCGGCAGUGCCUUCUCUGGCCAUCACGGCCAACAGCAGCAACAACGUGACCAUGGGCUGGGGUGCGGCACAGGGCGAGCUGGACGGCUACGACGUGCUGCUGUACAAUGCUGCCAGCGACCUCCUCGGCAGCCAUCACACUGGGCCAGCCGCACGUGGCUACUCCUUCCGGGAUUUGCGGCCAGGCACCCUGUACAAGGUGGUGGUGCGGACCCGCAGCGGCACACAGAGUAACGAAACCUCCAUCUGGACCAGGACCGUCCCUGCCCCCGCCACGGCCCUCCAGGCUCGGAACCGUAACCAGACAGACAGCCUGUGGCUGAGCUGGAUCCGGCCCGUGGGCGACCUCAGCAGCUACCUGCUCUUUGUCUCUGGCGCCAACGGCUCCCAGAACCUCGAGUUACCCCCCGAGCGCCAGGAGCACGUCCUCCAGAACCUCCUCCCAGGGCACCUGUAUCAGGUGGAGCUCCGCACCUGUAGCGGGGAGCUGACCAUGGCUGCCACAACGGAGGGGAGGACCGCACCAAAGCCCCCCACGUCGCUGUCCUUCCUGAGGAUCACCAACACCUCAGUGGAGAUCCAGUGGAGUGCGCCGCUUGCCGGUGAAUACGACGACUUUGAGCUGCAGUGGACGCCGCAUGAUGCCCUGUCCGUGUCGAAUGGCCAUUCCGCCCCCAAUGUGGCCAGCCGCGUCCUGAUGGGCCUCUACCCCGGCCGGCUGUACACCUUCAGCGUCCGCACCGUGAGUGGAGGCAGGGCUGCCAGGGACCCACCCACUUACAGCCAGCCCAUCUACAAGAAUGUCCAGACGAAGCCGGGCCAACUGCACCACAUCCACUGCCGCCCCCAGAGCUCCACCUCCAUCUCCUGCUCGUGGAGCGCCCCAGAGUCUGACUACGACUCGUACAUCGUCGAGUGCAUGCGGCGGAGCACACGUGUGCCGGUGUAUCAGCAGCGCGUGUCGUGCAACACCACCCUCCACAUCAUCGACCAGUUGGAGCCACACCGGCACUACACCAUCUCUGUGCGGGUCGUCUCGGGCAGCGCGGCCAGCGAGGCGUUUAUGGACAGCGCCGUCACCAUGAUCGACCGACCCCCUGUGCCACCGAUUACCACUCGAAUUGGCGAGACGGUUACCCACAUCACUCAGUCCGACAUCUCCUUCCAGUUCAACUGCAGCUGGUUCAGUGACGUCAACGGGGCCAUCAAGUUCUUCGCCAUCAUCGUGACAGAGUCGGACGCCACAGACACUGAAAGCAUGCAGCCAGACCAACAGCACCCCCUACCCGCCUACCUGGACUACAAGCACAAUAGCUCCAUCAAGGCGUACCAGACCAGAUACUUUCCCAGCCACUGCACAGCGGACCCAGAGAAUGGUGCAGAGGGCAUCGAGAUCAGCCUGGGCACUGGCAUGGAUGUCCUGGGAGGGAGGUGUGAUCUGGAUCCUGAUCAGAACCAGAACACCUUCUGUGAUGGGCCACUGAAGUCCAAGACAGCCUACAGGCUCAGCGUCCGUGCCUUCACGCGGCUCCUGGAUGAUGAACAGAAGGAGACACUCCAGGCUCUGUACACAGACACCUUCCUUUCCCUGCCCCUAGUGACCGAAGCUGAGCCUCUCAAUGGAGUCAUCGAGGGCAUCGGCGCUGGAAUAUUUCUCAUCGUUAUGGUGAUUGGGGUCACUGCAUUGCUUAUCUGCCGGCAGAAAUCCCGCAAAGUGUCUCAAGUGUCAGUAGCCGGUGUUCUCUUGCCUUAUAACAAUGGCAUGGUAUGGAACAAUCCCAGCUACUGUGAUUACCGGAAUGUACAGGAGCGCCCUCUGGUCCGAAUGAACUCGCGGAAAGAAAAGGCCACACCAGGGAUGGUCCUGGGCGUCAGAAGCAGUCGUCGCAUUUCAAGCCCCAUCAAAGCUGCUUACUUCGAGUACCACCUUGCCAAACUGCUGGCUGACUCCAACUACCUGCUCUCUGAGGAGUUCGAGGACCUGAAGGAUGUUGGCCGAAACCAGUCUCUCGACACAGCUCUCCUGCCCGAAAACAGAAGCAAGAAUCGCUACAACAACAUACUGCCCUACGACUCUACGAGGGUGAAGCUGUCCUACGUGGACGAUGACCCCUGCUCCGAUUACCUCAACGCUAGCUACAUCCCGGGAAACAGCUUUCGGCGGGAGUACAUCGCCACACAGGGCCCACUGCCUGGAACCAAGGACGACUUUUGGAAGAUGGUGUGGGAACAGAACGUGCACAACAUCGUCAUGGUGACACAGUGUGUGGAGAAGGGCCGGGUGAAGUGUGACCGCUACUGGCCUGUUGAUCAGGACGCCCUGUAUUACGGAGACCUCAUUGUCCAGAUGCAGUCCGAGUCCGUGCUGCCCGAAUGGACCAUUCGCGAAUUCACCAUCUGCAACGAGGACCAGGUGAGGUACUCCAGAGUUGUCCGCCAGUUCCAUUACACCGUCUGGCCUGACCAUGGCGUCCCCGAGACAACGCAGUCGCUUGUGCAAUUUGUGAGGACCGUCAGGGACUACAUCAACCGCACGCCCAGCUCCGGUCCUACUGUGGUGCACUGCAGUGCUGGCGUGGGCCGAACCGGCACCUUCAUCGCCCUGGACCGGGCCCUGCAGCAGCUGGAUGCUAAGGACACGGUGGACAUCUACGGUGCUGUGUUUGACCUCCGGCUGCACCGCUCCCACAUGGUCCAGACCGAGUGCCAGUACGCCUACCUGCACCAGUGUGUGCGGGAUGUCCUAAGAGCCAGGAAGCUGCGGCACGAGCAGGAGAAUCCACUGUACCCCAUUUACGAGAACGUGGGCCCGGACUUCCGCCGUGAACUGGUCUACACCAGACGCUGAAACAGCCAAGACGUCCCAGCGAAUGAGGAACCUGCUUUCACAGCGAGGCACGCAGGAAGUUUUUAUAUCAACCUGCAGUUAUUUUUAUAUAUCAAAUGUACGCAUGGUUUCCCAGCGUCUCUCAGUAGUUGUUUAAGCUAUUUAAAUAUAACAGAGUAUUGUAUAUCUGCAUCUCAUAUAUUUAUAUAUAUUUUUCCACAUGUGCUAUUCUCUGGGUUCACACCAGUCUUUUUUUCAUGUAAGCUAGUACAUUUGCACGUAAGCCAAAACGACUGACUUAACCAGAACGCAGACGAAAGACAAGUUAGGCUGUAAACGAAUUAACGGCUGAAACUGUACAGAUGGAUCGAACACAGAACAAAGCCAUUGCCUUCAAGCACUUAUAACGUAUAAGACGACGUUAGAAUAUAAACACAGACCGGCAGACUGUCAUUGUGUUAAAUUUAGCAUUCUGUCAAAUUUACCUUGGUAAAAAAAAUAUAUAAUAAAUUUGCUUAAUUGCAUCCCUCAUGUUUGUUGAUGCAUCACAUAAUUCCUGUGGUGCAUGGGCUAACAGAACCUCACCCAGGACAGCAGAAGAUAUACUGAAGAUACACCGUUUGUUCCUGAGCCUGGUUAGCUAGUCCCACUACUCAUUCUGCACUUUAUAGUGCAGGAAAUUCUUCACCCGCUCAUUACCGGUGUCUGUUAUGACACAUUUAUAUAAAAAGAAAAGAAGUUCCAGCAUCCAGUUCCUUACAAGUCCCAUUUUCUGCUUAAUGUAACACAGAAAUAUCUCUCUGUGUACAUAUAUAUGUAUCCAAGCUAGCAAGCUUUCGCCAGUCAUCUACACAACUGUUUAAAAUUUCUAUUGCGCCCCAAUAACAAGCUUUGUUUUAUUCUGAGAGAGAAAUUAAAUGCAAAAAAACUUAUCAGUCUUGCACUGCUGAUGCAGAUUUUCUGUCUGUUUUACGAUCUAACCAUUCCAGAGUUAAUGUCAGUCCCUAUUAUAAAUGCACUGUGAAUUCCUAAUUCAUGGGCCUGUGCUUUGUCAGGACUCGCUGGUUACAUGGUUACAUGAUUCGCUGGUUCGUUGGACUGCAGGAGUGAGUCCCUUUAACAGCUUUUGACAAUCAGACUGUGGAAAAGAGUUUCACAGAACUUUUUCCUUUUAUAUAGAAGAAUGAGAUCAUGAGUAACUUCAUAACUUGCAAGACAGCACUGAGUAAAGCAAUCGCUCAUGACUCAUGAGUCACAUGCCCGUAUAUUAUUGUGGGGGUGGAAUGUGUGGUUCAGAGGGCUAAGCCUCCAUGCCUGUGAUCAGAAGGUUGUUGGUUCAUGCCUAGCCUCGGCAGAAUAGUCAUAUGUCUGUGGGCCGUGGAGCGAGGCCCCUUAACCCCCCUCCCCCCCAAUUCCCUGGACACCACAAGGUGGCUGCCCCUUGCUGUGACCCCCCCCCCCCCCAAGCUGUGUAAUAUCAUUAUUAGUAUGAAAUCAUCAUCAAGUCAUGCUCUGAUAUUCCUCCAGAGUAAACACUCAUGAAUGGGGCAUAGCUAGAAAUCCCCCCCCCACACAAACCACCUUAAGUGAGCCAGGGUCUCCAUGCCCCUCCAAACCUAUGCUCACAUGCACAUAUAUUAUUGUAUCAUAAAAGGAAUGGAAUCACUGCAAAUCCACUGCAAAUAAUCCAUCAAAAAUAUUCAUGAGUCCCAUGCACACGAAGUAUUACAUCGUACAAUGAAUGAAAUCGCCGACGAGUCACGUGCAAAUAUAGCGUGGAGCACAUUGUGCCGUAAAGGACACCACAAAACUACACCAGUCAGUACUCCGUCACUGGAUGCAUUUCCAGCGUCAUGUUUGUGUAGUAGAUAUUUAAGAGAGAUUUUACGUAAACUGUAGCAUACAUAAUCCCAGCUGUUAUAAACUGAAAGCAUUUAAAAAUGAUUACUAGAAUGUGCAUAACAUGUUGAUACACAGUGUAUCGUUUAACAUUUUAUGCAAUAGAUUUAUUGCAGGUUAAAGUGGACAGAUGAAGUUACUGCUUCAGUAAAAAAAAGUACUUAUUUUUAUAUAAGAGUAAAAAUACAAAAAAGAACAAAAAACAGAUAUAUAUGGCUAAUGAUAUGUAAACACAAAGAGCUAUAUGCAGGACUUAAGGUAGCGGAGACGCGCUAGAAUUAUAAGGAACCACUUGAAAUGCAUUUUGAAAUGUAAGAUUAACUUGCAGAAUGCAGAGAUCUGUACAUUUGCCUUAUGGAGACUAAUAUCUGUAUCCUAUUUUAUGAUCUAACAAAUAUUUUACCUACAUAUCAAAAUGCAUAUGUGCUUUCACAUGUUUAAUCUGCUUAGCGUAUUACAUUUGAACAUUAAUGGCAUCAUUUAUUGUUGCCCUUUAAUAACUGGAUUGGCAGGUUGACUUUGUUUACCCAGCAGCCCAGGGUCCUUGCCAGCUGCUAGCUGUGAUGGCCUAAUCCACAGAGGCAGAGUGGAAGUUAUUAACCAAUUUGCCAAUCAGAAAUAUCCUGCUUUUUGAAUGACUAGUUUCCCAAAUGUGGUGCCCAUUGUAAACAAUGUAUUCUGUUUUGUCUCUCAAGUGAGCUCUUAAUUAGGCUUGGUUAAGAUACUGAAUAAUGCCUGUAUUGCACAAUUAAAAUCAUGUAACAGAAUAGGUUACUCAAGAACCAGACAUUUGUCAUGUUAUCCAAUAAAGAAACUAAAAUAUA